AUGCCAUCUCUGAAAGACCUCCACUGCUUCAUCGAGCUUCCCGAUGGCAAGACUCAACUCCACGAGUUCGGCACAGCUUACGGCGACGGCUGUGUUGAAACCUUUGUCGCCGUGCCUGGCCGGCCGCAGCCGUUCGCUAUCCGCCUCUCGUCGAGCAAGUUCAUCGCCCCAGGCCUAGCCAUGUACGUCUUCAUUGACGGCGUAUAUCAAUGCAACCGCAACCGUCAAAAUCUCAAAUUGCGGAAGCCGCUGGAUCGGAAAUCUUUCGUAGAUUUCGUAGUCCGGCAGAAGGAAGAGCGGCAAGACGACGGAACCAUGAUAGCUCGGGAUUGGAAUUUUGAGAGGCUCGAUAUCGUAUCUGCGAAUGAGGCUCCUGAGGCUUGCUCGCCGGGAGUUCUAGAGAAUCUCGGAUGCAUUGAAGUCGUCGUAUUACGCUGCGCCGGUAUGCGAAGCGCUAAAUCUGCCGAUAACAAAGUCAAGCCCAUGAAUUUGGACGGUGCAGGCGAUAUGCCGGAUCAUCAUUUCAGUCUUGACGGAGCACCCAACUCACCUGAGCCGCAAUACGAUGAUCGGGCCUAUGAGUACAUGCGGGGUGGGGGCAGAUACGGCGCUCCUACAAUGGGCCCUUCACAUCUCCACAGUGGUCCGCCUCCACCACUGAGUUCAGGAUCUUACGCCAGGAGGCCGAAAUACACCUCGCCGGUCCGUCAGACGUCGGACCAGGUGCACGACAUUCUCCGAAGCCCUGAAAACUUAGUCAGUAGCAUUCAAUAUGGCAGCGUCCCCGUACCGCACCAAUCAAGGGUUGCUUCUAUGCACGCGCCGGCACCCAGUGUUCAAGGUGGUGCUGGACCGAACCUGCCAUUCGACCCGCGAUCACUGGACAGAACGGCACCGCCGCCCCCUCCUCUACCGGUCGGUCCUCUAGGCCCUCAAUCACCUUCGCAAAAUACGCAUGUCAGCUGGGAUCAACACCUCCCUCAGCCAUCGACAGGAUGGAAUGACCAGAACGGUUGGGAGUCUGGAGAAGAAACCAGAUCAUGUUCGCGAAAUACCGGAGAUACAUGGGACUUAAACCAGCAUGAAAAUAGACUGGGUGGGUGGAAACCUUCUGAGUAUGAGCGCGAGCUGAUACCUAUGAGCUGGGGCGCCCCUGAAACCCAUGCUCCAUGGCCGACUGCCCGAACAACUCGUACAGGCCAUUGGGCCCAUCCCUCCGACCUGCUUACCUCACGGUCUCGUCCCUCAGAAUCUGUAUGGGAGUCAAAGAUAGACGGUGAUGGAUGGACACACAUUGAAGCAAGCUCAGAAUCUAGCGGCUCAUGGGCUCUACCUGUGCACCCUUCAGAAAGCAUCUCGCAUGUAGCGGGUCCGUCUACUAUAGCGCCUGCAUUGAGUCAAACGCCAUCCGUCAAUGAACUUUCAAGCAAAUUGCUCUCUCUGAAAGAAGAUGAAGGAACGCGAAGACGAUCGGUAGCUACAAAUCCUGCGGUGAGCUUGAAUCGAACGACGCGACUGCACGGUGGUGGUUUCAGUACCUUUGAAAAGUCUGUACGCAAUGCUUUUAGAAACGACAAGACCAUACCGACAUGGGAAGGAAACCGGGCCCCGGUCGCACCUACAGUGUGGGCAGCAGCGGAGAAGAAGACCUCACCUCAAGGCUUCUGGAACCAAUCAACACCUUUUGGAAAAGGCCAUGAAAAGAAGAUUUACACUAGUUCCGAUAAGACAGUGCAUGGCAGCAAGGGCCAGAAGGAAACCUUCCAGGCCACAGGCGACAAUGGCUGGGGCGUGAAGGAUAGAGUUGGUUCAUCAGGCGGCUGGCCUUUAGUAACGGAACAAGAAUAUCAGCCAGUCAUGGACGACUGGACGGUUCAAAAGCUGUACGGACACACUGCAAAGGAAACAUCCUGGGAACAGCCCACGAAGCCUAAAAACGUGGUAGCCAAUGAUGACAGCUGGCAGGCUGAUGUCAACGGCUGGUCCGCUCCGCAGGAGCCAAGAACCCUGGCAAAUGAACCUAACCCAUGGACAAAGGAUGCCGCAUCGAAAGAUCAGCCUUUAAAAACGCGGCUGUCGAAGUAUCGACAAUUGCGCUCUCCGGCAACAGAAACAGGGACCAUACGGCACAGACAAUUCCCACCUCCGGGGUCAGAGAGGAGCCCCAAAGCAGGUAGCAGAAAAGAAUGUAUGGAGGCCGAGCCGCUUUUGAAAGUCCUCCGCGAAGACGCAGCGAGAAAAGGCAUCGAGCACCAGGUGCGUGCCGGCAAAGGCGCCAAGUACGGUCACGCCAUUGGUCGACCAGAAUACCUCGAUAGCCUAGAGAAGCCUUACGCUGUCUUCCGCUUCAAAUAUCGCGACCACGGCAACCUCCGCAAACUGCUCGGUAAAAAUGUCGUUCCCUCCGACGCCGCUCUCCUCACCACCAGUCCCAUCGAUCCGCGCACCGUCGCUCAACCUACCACACUCGCCCAGAUCCACGAUGUCAAGCAGCAGCUCAAGAAGGUCCCAAAAGAGGCACUGAUCGAUGGGUUGCUGGACCUGCAGACCAAGCUGGAGAAGAAGAAGAAGAAGAUAGUUGCUCCCACUGAUACGGCCGGCAUGAACAGGACGAGGGAUUGGGUCAAGCGGCAAUCGAGGGAGGCCAGCGUGAACGGGAAGAAGACUGAGGCUCGAAGAAGUGGUGGGAGUUGGAGCUCGGAUGAUGGAUGGCACUAG